GUACAGGGAUUGGUGACAGCACAGAAACAACCUUGAGAAAUGUACUCCAGAUAUUUUUGCUUGUUCUGCAUGUGGCUUUUUCUUCCAACUCAAAGAAGGUGCACGCUGGGUCAAAAGACUGACGGUGACUUGCACAGCAGUGACACAACAUCCCUCCCUGGCUUUGAGAACCUCACAAUGGGAUACAACAAAUAUCUCAGGCCAUACUUUGGUGGAGACCCUGUUCAAAUAGCAAUGAGCCUGGACAUUGCAAGUAUUUCUAGUAUUUCAGAGAGUGACAUGGACUACACUGCUACAAUAUACCUGCGGCAGCGAUGGACAGAUCCCCGUCUAGUUUUUCAUGGCAACAAGAGCUUCACUCUGGAUGCCCGCCUGGUGGAAUUCCUCUGGGUACCUGACACAUAUAUAGUGGAGUCCAAAAGGUCUUUUCUGCAUGAUGUAACAGUGGGGAAUCGCCUGAUAAGAUUAUUCUCUAAUGGCACUGUCCUGUAUGCCUUAAGAAUCACAACUACUGUUGCAUGUAACAUGGACCUGUCAAAAUACCCCAUGGACACUCAGAUGUGUAAACUGCAGCUGGAAAGCUGGGGAUAUGAUGGAAAUGAUGUAGUGUUCACUUGGCUGAGGGGGAAUGAUUCAGUCCGAGGCCUGGAAAAUCUCCGUCUGUCUCAAUACACUGUGGAACAUUAUUAUACCCUAGUCACAAGGUCCCAGCAGGAAACAGGCAAUUACCCAAGACUGAUUCUACACUUUGAACUACGAAGAAAUGUCCUUUACUUCAUUUUGGAGACCUACGUCCCUUCUACUCUGCUUGUUGUCUUGUCCUGGGUUUCCUUUUGGAUCAGCCUGGAUUCAGUUCCUGCAAGAACCUGCAUUGGAGUGACAACUGUGCUGUCAAUGACAACUCUGAUGAUUGGCUCUCGGACCUCACUAUCUAAAACUAACUGUUUCAUAAAGGCCAUUGAUGUUUACCUUGGUAUCUGCUUCAGUUUUGUUUUUGGUGCCCUGGUGGAAUACGCCAUUGCUCACUACAGUUCAUCACAAAAAUGUGCAACCCAACAGCCUCAACAGGGAUCUACAAAGGAAUAUAGCAAAGAAACUGAAGAUGUUAACAUCAUUGACAUCCUCAACAGCUCUGACUCCAGCUAUAAGCGGAGCAUAAGUUUUACUAGCAUUGAGAUCUCCAGUGAUAAUGUCAGCUAUGGUGACCUAACCAUGAAGACCCACGAGAAGAUUAAGUUUGCUUUGAGGAACAAAAUGCACAGGAUCAUCAACUAUUUCACUAUUCAGAAUCCCAGCAAUGUUGAUCAUUACUCAAAAUUGUUCUUCCCUUUAUUUUUCAUGCUGGUCAACGUGUUUUAUUGGGCUUAUUAUCUUUACUUUUAAAAAAUGUCAUUUUUUGUUCUGACACUGCAAAGAUGUAGGAAUCCUGUUAUUGCUACAGUGUACCUAUGGUUUAACCUCACUGGAGUGAACACAAAACAAAAUGUUUUGUGGUAUUGCCUGUGUUGCUAAAAAGAAGCAUGGUAAUAUGUGUGGUUCCUAUUCAUUACUGUACAGAAAUAUCAGUACUUCAUCAUUUGUGGCUGCUACUAUGGUCUCCCCAUCACAGUUUUAUCAAGUCUCUGUGCUGGGGCCCAGUGCUACAAAUGUACUUGCCAAUGCAGUGCAUCCCAGUGCCUAUGCUCUAAUCUGUGUGGAAGCUUAAGCAAGAGAGCUGAAGUACUAGGAUGAUGACAAACCAUGACAGUUACUGGAAACAUUUGAGAUCAGCUUUAUUGAAAUGCCUAGUUUAGAUCCUCAAGAGCAUUUUAGAUUUUAUUUUUAUUCUGUGUUUCCAAG